AUAAUAUUUCUAAGUUUUUUCAAAACAGCUCGUGAUUUCAUGCACGGGUUUCUGAAUUUGUGUGGUUACGUCUCAGCAAAGUUUGUGUCAAACAGCGAUAGCUGAUUUUCUGCAACUAGAAUAAUAAUGCAAUUUGGUAGUUUGUGUACCCUUGGCCACGGCCUUGGCCCCUGGCUUGGUCAUGGUUGUCGGUCACGGCAUAGUUCAAUUAUUAGUUGCAUGUCCGUCGUAAGAAUGACACACAGAGCCAUGUCUUCAAAAGUACUUAACCUUGAUACACUAAAUCCGUGCAUCAAGGAUAUGGAAUAUAGCGUUAGAGGACCAAUCGUUAUCAAAGCUGUUGGUUUAGAAAAGGAACUUAAGCAGGGUGUCAAGAAACCGUACCCCAGCGUUAUUAGAGCAAACAUUGGUGACUGUCAUGCCAUGGGGCAGAAACCUAUGACCUUCAUGAGACAGGUGAUAGCGCUUUGUACCUAUCCACCCCUCAUGAAUGACCCUACGUUUCCAGCUGAUGCAAAGGCGAAAGCAAAGAGAAUCUUGGGUGCAUGUGGUGGGAAUAGUAUAGGAGCCUACAGUGAGAGUCCAGGCAUAGAGAUAAUCAGGCAAGAUGUUGCAGCCUACAUUGCCAAGCGAGAUGGCGGCAUACCAGCCAAUCCUGAUCAAAUAAUGCUGAGCACAGGAGCUAGUGAUGGCAUCAAGGCCAUAUUGAAAUUGUUGAAGCAGCCGGAUGGUGCGAAAAAGACAGGCAUUAUGAUUCCUAUUCCUCAGUACCCGCUCUACUCCGCAACCAUUGUUGAGUACAACAUGCAUCAGGGCAAGUAUUGACGAGAGAGAACAUUGAGCGCACGAUCAAGUUUGCAAAGGAGGAGAAGCUGCUACUUAUGUCCGAUGAGGUCUAUCAAGAUAAUAUCUAUGCACCCGAUCGGGAAUUCCAUUCAUUUAAGAAGGUCUUGACAGAGAUGGGAGGAGAAUAUGCUAAUAUGGAACUAGCUUCCUUUCACUCGACCUCCAAAGGUUACAUGGGAGAGUGCGGCUACAGAGGAGGCUACUGUGAGUUUGUGAACUUUGACCCGCAGGUCGUCGCCAUGCUACAGAAGUCCAUCUCCGCGAAGCUGUGUCCGUCAAUCUCGGGUCAAGUCGCGAUGGACGUGGUCGCCGCGCCGCCGCAGCCCGGCGAUCCGUCCUACGAGCUGUUCAUGAAGGAGAAGACCCAUGUGCUAGAUGCACUAAAGAUGAAAGCCCAGAUGACAGUAGAAAUGCUCAACAGUCUUCCCAACAUGACUUGCAAUACCGUACAGGGAGCCAUGUAUGCAUUCCCGCAGAUCACCGUUCCUGAGAAGGCCAUUAAGAAAGCAAAAUCGGAAGGCAAGGCUCCUGAUUUCAUGUAUGCCUAUGAACUGCUGGAGGAAAAGGGACUGUGCAUUGUGCCUGGGAGCGGUUUCGGUCAGAGACCGGGUACCUACCACUUUAGAAUGACGAUUUUACCCCCACCGGAAAGACUGAAGGAAUUCUUGGAGCGUCUCAAAGUUUUUCACAUUGGUUUCCUGAAACGUUAUGAAUGAACUUGCCUUAUGGGUGGCUGCUGCAGUAAGCAGCCUUAUGGGUGAACAAUUGUGAUUGUUGAGAUUUUAGAAGGAGCUGUUGUGAAAUUCGAAUAUUGUCAUUUUAAGGCUGCAUUCUUAGCAAAACCGAAUUCGAUGUAACUUUCAAUCUAUAUGAGCAUUGAUUGUGUACGGAACUGGUUUUGUAUGCUUGUUCGUUAUAUUCAGCUUCGUUAUAGUCAGCUACACUUAUAACAUUGUUAGCAGACACCUUUCUAUAAUUGACUCGUGUUAAUAUAGGACAAUAUACAAGCUAUAGUCGUUUCCCUUUAGUAGCAGUUAUGCAAGUUUUACCACGUCUAUAGAAUGUACACAUGCUGAUAGAGGUCGUUUUGAUCUGAGUAACUUUUACCUACUAAUUACACUGUUUUCUGCAUAAACCUAUCUCAGUUUGACCUACAAGCACUUACCUUACGGAGGCUAUUAACAUUAAACGUAAAAACACACUAGGUUUGAGACGUACGUGCUCGCGUCUCAUUGUGACUAUCUCAACGGCACAACGCAUCUCUUCAAGUUUUUGAUGUCUUUUGCCCUUGUUUAGUUGAAACUUUUUUAAAAACAAAUCAUGGUUGCAACAAGUAGCUACAGCCACAUCUGCAACAUUGCUAUGUUAUGAAUGCAGGUUGCAUAGAAUAUGGUGUGGGGAACGCUUAGCAGUAUGUAAGUGCUGCCUUAACAGUCAUAUGCAUAUGCCAUAUAUAGACCACACUUCGUAGCUCAGGUCAACUACAGUGCCAGGGUGGGUAUUGGCCUUUGUGCAAUGAAAGUGUAGCUUGAUUCGAUAGGACCACGAUACUUAUUUGCCUCUCUCGGUAUCAUUUGUGAGGCUGUGUGAUACAAAAGAUAUACAGCUAAUCUGUUACUGCUUGAUAAAUGUAAUUGUUGUAAUCGUAAAAAUUCGAUUUAGAGUCAAACCUGUGUUAGUGGACACCUGAGGGACACUUUUGGAAUUUUUACGUGAGUGGCAGCUAUAAAGUGAAACCGUCUCUAUAGAACGGACACCUGUCUAUAAAGGACACUUCUUGGUUGAUGCUCAUGCACAGGUUUGACUGUGUUUUGUAGGCAAUUGUAAUGACCGGUGGAUAGAUCUGUUAGUGUGAAGCUGUAGCAUAGUAUUACAGCUGUGAUCCCCCCCGCGGUUUGUUGGCGUGUGAGAGUUAUGCGUGUACAUGUGCAGUCACACGUACAGAAUGUGCAGAUACAUUUGUGGUUACUGGUCAGCGUCUCGUACAGGCAAUAUCUAGAUACGGGCAAACGAACUCGUUACUUGUACCGUCGCUUCAGCGUUGCAGUUCAAUUUGCUGCCUUCUAGACUGCUGACCUUUGGCCUCUGAUCUCUGGCGCCCGACCAGCGACUGUUGCUCAAUAUUUAGCAACAGGUUCUGGCUUCGUAUUGCCAGACCUCAGAACUGCGUAGGACUAAUUAUUAUUCUAGA